GGGACAGCGGGUGACCCGUUAAAGGGGCACCCCUGCGCAGCGUGCACCUACCCCACACUGACAUCAUUGCACCGCUCCCUGCAGUUAUAAAAGACACCAGGUCCAUAUUACAUUGUAUUCAGUUUUCCCCAUUACACAAACAUUACACAAACAUUAUGUGGUUCACGCACGAUUCUGAAGAGUCUAAAGCACACUCGGAGGUGACUGGCGGACACAGCGCCAAACUGAGCCAUGAGCUCAUUGCCGCCGCUGCGUCAUACGAGGCUGCAAAAGCGUACGAGAAACAUAUCCAGAAGAACGGAAAACCCGCAAACCACGCGAAGGCCGUGGAACUGCUCGCGGGGCUGACGGGUGCCUUUGUUGACCGCAUUGCAGAGACCAAGGGAAUGGACGCACUCGAAAAGGAAAAAGCCAAGCAUGCAGCACAUGAACGAGCUAAAAGCUCCCUCGAGAAACACGGAGAAUUUUGAAUCAGCCAUAGUGGCAGGUUGAAUGUAUACGACGGACUGGGUAGCACGAUGUACAAUAUAACCUAAAUGUAUCGCUUAGUGGAUCAAAUUCCAGAAUGUGUAACUUAUGGCUUGCAGUAUCCUACAAUACCUGAGUUAAAACCACGUUGGAACAUAUUACACUCACCAAUUUAGCACUACCGGGUUUGAAACCAUUGUCCAUCCACGAUAGCGGAGGACUUUCAAGUUAAC